AAAAAAAUGAAAGUUCAUUUUCUACUGCUUUCUAUUAUUUUGUUACUACUUGGCUGUUAAUGUGGUAACCGCAUUUAAUUUAAAUGUAAACAAAUCUUGCAGUGCUACGAGAAUGAAACAUUUAAAUGAAACGUUUAAGAAUUAAAAAAAAUUUAGAUAUAUGUUCAUAUCAUUAAAUGAACAUAUGAAAAGAGAUAGAAAAGACAAUUUUUGUAAAAAGUAGUUUUUAAAGUGGUUAAAAAAUUCAUAACAAGGUGCAAUAAAUUGAGCUUGAUCAUGACGUCUACAUUAAGUAUUCUUGAUCCAAAUGAUAAUUUGAUGAAAAAGUUUCAAAGAACACUACAUGUGCAUUUAUUGCAUGUUGAUAAUAAACUUUCAGAAGAAAUACUCGAUCUUGAAGCGUCAAUAAAACAUGCAGAAAAAGAACUAGAAUCAGAAGCUAUACAACUUUAUCAAAAGCAAGAAGAAGUUCAACAUCAGCAUAUAAUAUUAAAACAAUAUAUAGAGGCACUAUCAAAAGUUACAUUAUUAAGAGAAAAAAGGAAUAAUAGUAUAGAAAAUGCUAAGGAUAUUUUAAAAGAAAACUAUUCAAAGUUAAAAGGAGAGAAAGAUAAAAAAGAAAAAUUAUGUCAAAAAUUAAAGAAUUUAUUGGAAUUUUAUUCUUACUUGUCCAAAUGGGAAAAGGAUUUGAACGACCAUUUAAUAAUAUCAAAACAAGUGUCAUUACAAGAUGUUAGUAAAAAUAAGAUACUGAUUAAAAGAAAACAGCAAAGAGACUUUAUAUUAUAUCGAUUGAAAGAAGAAAUAUGGAAAAUUGAAUCAGAAAUAGCCUACAUUGAUGAACAAUUACAAAUUAAAGACAAAGAAAAGCAAGAUGCUAAUAGAAUGAUAAUUGAUGCAAAUACAGAUUUAGAAACUCUACAUAUGGAACAUAAAGAUCUGUAUAAUAUAUGGAAGUCUGUGGUAACUAAUAUUUCUAAAAGAAAUAGUAUUCAUGAUCAGUUAAAUUUUGAACAAAAAGAAGCACAUCAAUUAUACAAUGGAUUAUUAUUAGAAAUACAAAAAAUAAGGAAAGAAACAGAAAAAGAAAUGGAGAAUAAUGAACAUCUGACAUCUUUAUCCUUUCGAAUAGAAAACGAUAUUAAAAUUACAUCAAGAGCAAUAUCAAAAUAUAAUGAAAAUAUUGCAAACAGUAAAUCAGAAUUACUAAAUCUUACAAAAAUAAGUGAACAAACAGAAUACGAUUAUAAUGUUAUAUUUAAUAAAUAUCAGAAUUAUUUAUAUGAAGAAGAGCAAGUGAAUAAAAAGUUUGAAAAUAUUUUUGAAAAAAGAAAUAAUCUAGAGGAUGCUAUAUUUAAAAAGUUGGAAGAAAAAGUUAUAUGCAAUAAGGCGACUCAAUAUGUAAAUGAGUUACUAAUAAAUACAAAAAAUGCUGUAUUGCAAUCUGAAAUUUCAGUUGCACGUGUAGAGAAUACAUAUGGAAACAAUCUUCUGCAAUUGGAAAAGCUUAAAAAUCUUAUUGAAAAUAAAAAAGCAGAAUUGCAUGAACUGUCGCAAAUAAAUACUGGGAAAGAAAAGCAAAUAGAUGAAUUGCAAAAGGAGACAAGAAAAUAUGAAGUAAUGAUGGGAAAAGCGCAAACAAAGCUUUUAGGAAUAAAUAAACUUCUUGAGCAGAUACUACCAAGUACUAAUGCAGAAGAAUUGAGUCCAUUAGAUAUAAAGAUUGUCGGUUUAGAAAAAAAUAUUCAAGAAUUUCAACUAAAUAUUAAAAAGACACAACAAUUUUGGUUGCGUCAACAAGGUUUUGUGGUUUCAUUAAGCCAACAAAGAGAAUUGCAAUUGCAAGAAAUAAAUUUUCUUCAAAAAGAAGUUAUGAUAAUGGGGCAAAAGAAUUUUAAAUUGGAAUAUGCAUUAGAAAUGCUUACAAAAGAACAAGCAAAUGUAAAUAAGGCUGUAAUUUCUCUUGAUCAAAAGUUAUCCCGCAUAAAUUCAAAUUUAAUGGUACAAAAAGAUCUGAAGAAGGGCUUGGAGGAUAAAAAUUGUAUAAUAAAGAAUGAAUGUCUUUUGUCUUUUCAAGAAUUGGAAUUAGAACUUAUAAAAUUACAAAGUGAUUUAAAAUAUGUAUGCACUGAGAAAGUAAUGCUAAAGGAGGAAUUAAAUUCUGUAAUACAAGAAAGUUUAGCAUGGAACAAAAAGGUACAACUGAUACAAGAUACAAUUAAAAAUGUAAAAGAGGAGCAAAAUACUGGAAGUAUAGCAUCAAUGAAAAGUGAAAUUCAUAGAAUGGAAAUGAGACUUUCCUAUUUAAAGAAGAUUCAGGAAAAAUUAAUUCAUGAUAUGAAUCUUUGUAUUACAAGAAGAGAUAUUAUAGUUGACAAAGUGUUUGGUAGACUUAAAAGAAAUUCAAAAGUAAAACAUAAUGAGAAGGUUGUAAUGCACAAACGUUUGUCUGAUCAAAGAGCAAAAAUUAAGCAACUUUUAAAAGUAAGCAUUAAGAUAAUUGUUUUGUUUUAAAUUAGCAAAUUAUAUGUUUUAUUAU